GAAUGGAGGCGUACCCAUACUCUUUUGUCUCUGACACUUUGGUUCCAUAAACUCCCAUCAAUAAUUCUCACCCAAUGCUUUGACUUCAUAGUUCCACCUUCUUCUUCAAUCCCAUCUCCCAAAAUUCCUUAUUUCAAAGCCUACAAGCAUGCUGUUGAGAAGUUCUUCAACCCCAAUUUUCAAUUCUUGGCUUCACCAAACCAAAUCCUCCCCUUCAGAAUCGGACCAAGUCCACCAGCUUCAAAGAACCAAGUCCCUCUCAUUUCACCCUCCUCCAGUGCCUUUAUUGAAAGAAUCGGCGAACAAAGUUACUCAGAACUUGCUCGACUCAGAUUCGGCAGAUCCCAGAAAGAAGAUUCCGGUACCGAGGAGUUGUAAAGCUCGAUCAAAAGUGAAAUCCAGGGAGAAUGGAGUACCAGAUUCGUCUUCGUCUUCGAUUCAUGGAGUGUUUUACAAUUCUGGGUUGGGUUUGAAAUCUCCAAAUGAUGAAGUUCGCGAUGAGAAGAGGGAUGCAUGUGUUUUGCAAACGCUGGUAGUCGGCGGUGGUAUGGGGAGCGACGGCGGCCGGGUCUGUGGCGGCGGAAGAGGUUCGGACGGUGGUGGUGGAGGGGAUAAUGGUAGGUCAGGGUUUAACAAUCACCAUGGAAGCAAUAGCACCGAUGCUUAUUAUCAGAAGAUGAUUGAAGCGAACCCAAACAACGCUCUUCUACUUGGAAAUUAUGCCAAGUUCUUGAAAGAGGUCCAUGGAGAUUUUUCCAAAGCCGAAGAGUUUUGUGGAAGGGCAAUUCUGGCUGAUCCGAACGAUGCAAAUAUUCUAUCGCUGUAUGCCGAUCUGAUUUGGCAUACACAGAAGGAUGCUCAACGAGCUGAGUCAUAUUUUGAUCAAGCUGUUAAAAGUUCGCCAGAUGAUUGCUAUCUCCUAGCUUCAUAUGCACAGUUUCUUUGGAAUGCCGAUGUCGAUGAAGAUGACAAUCCAGCAGACCAGUAUGAAACAGAGGAAAGCUGCCCGUCUCCACCUGGUUUCGCUCAUGGAGCUCCUCACCAUUCUCCUCUGGCUGCAGCUUCAUAAUCUCACGAAAUAUGUAGCACUCUACUUCCCACUGUAAGAUAACUAAAAUAAAGCAUCAGCUCAUUACCCUCUUUUGCUUUUAGAGUAUAUGUAAUUUUGGCAGAAUGAGUAUGAUUCUCUAACUGUAACCUUUCUAUUACUUAUCUUAUGUAAAAAGUGAAUAAAUAAAGCUUCUCUGGCCUUUUUCCAGUA